CUGGCAGCACUUUUGCUAACCUAAAAAUUACAAAAUAAAGAUUUACCAAAUUGUCGAAAAAACAAAUAUUUACACAGGAAUAUCGUUAAUGAUUUGUUUUGGUCGUAACUCGCUAAAAAAGAUGUUGAAUAAAAUUUCUUCAAAUAUUUUGGCAAAUGCAGAAACAGCUGAAAAACGUUUAGCAGAUCUAAGGAGAAAGGUGGAAGACAUAAAGAAGUUUAAAGUCGAAGAGAAAAUACAGGAGUUGAUUAAAGAGAACUCUGUUUUAUCGGAAAAAAUUAUUGAAGCUAAGAAUGAACUUAUUAAACUUGAAAUAUCACACGGUAAGAAGCAGUAUUCUGUGCCAAGUAAGGAAAUAACUAAGAGCAAUGUAGUAUCAAUUUGCGUAGAAAAGCCACAAGAUAAGAGCAGUGAAGUUGAGAAUGCACAACCUACAGCACCAAAAAAAGAAAAGAAUUCAGUUAAAAAGAUUAAGGAGAAAGUGAAUCCUAACCCAAGUACUGACAAUAUAAUAGAUGUAAGAAAACUAGAUUUUAGGAUUGGCAAGAUUGUAGAAAUAAACAAACAUCCGGAUGCAGAUGCACUGUAUGUUGAAAAGAUAGAUUGUGGUGAGGGAAAACCUCGCACUGUUGUGUCAGGGCUAGUCAAUCAUGUCCCUAUUGAUGAAAUGAGAGAUAAACUAGUAAUGGUUCUUUGCAAUUUAAAACCAGUCAAGAUGCGAGGAGUUACUUCCGAAGCCAUGGUGAUGUGUGCAUCAUCACCUGAAAAGGUUGAAGUUCUGAAUCCACCAUCUGAUGCUGUUCCCGGUGACCUGGUGGAAUGUGAAGGUUAUCCUAGAGAACCGGAAGCCCAACUUAACCCUAAGAAGAAAAUAUUUGAGACAUGUGCUCCUGACUUGAAGACUAAUGAUGAUAAAGUAGCUUGCUAUAAGGAUAAACCAUUGCUUGUUGUAGGAAAGGGGGCAAUUGUAGCACCUACAUUAAAACAAGUUAAUGUUAAGUAAAGAUAUGCUAAAUUA